AUGGCGCCAAAGAAGGCGUCGCCGAAGAAAAGCGACGCGCCGAAGAAGGGCAGGAAACCAUCAACCAAAACCAGAGAUGCAGCUCUCGCCGAGCAAGCAGCAACCACGGCGCCGGCAAAGCGUACGACAAGGCAGUCUCCAGAAAAGACUUCUCCUGCAAAGCCGGCGCGCAAAGCUGCUUCACCCACCAAAAUCACUAAGAAGGCAUCUCCUGUGAAGCCAGCUGCAAAGCCUGCUACGAAGUCGAAGGCCCCUGCCACGAAGACUCAAACCAAGGACACUCAAUUCCGUGGCCCAGCAAGCGAGAGUGAUAGAGGAUACAAGACCAACGAGUCCACUGCAGACAUUAUCAAAGCUAUCGACGGACGCACUCUUACAUCCCUUGACAAAAGGCUCGUUGAAGCCAUUGACGCAUUCGAGGCCAACAAGCGCGGCUACAAAACUCUGAGCAAUGAAGUUGCACGUUAUGUGGCAACUCAGAUAGAGACUCGUCCUGAUGAUCAGCCAUCCACUCAGAAGAUACAUUUUCAGAUCUACUGGCGCUUUCGAAAGCUCUUCGAACAGAAGACUGGGCCAUGGCCGGUGGUCGAGCACGAUUCCACUGCUAGUGGAGAUGAGUCAGAUGAAGAUGAAGAGGUGAUAGAGAGCGUCGAGAAACCUACGCGCGGAGGUCGCAAGUCGAAAGCGCCGGCAGCAACCGCGCCCAGCACGUCCAAGAAGCAGAGCAAGGCACGUAGCAGUCGUCCCGAUGGUGGUUCUGGUGAUCGCAAGGAGGAAAAGCUGCUUAAAGACGUUGAAGAUGCUGUAUAUGCUGCAGCCCUAGAGCACCAGGACGAUGAGAGUGAUGAUGAACAAGCCACUCGAGCUACGAGACAGAAGAUUGAGGCAGCGCAAGCAAGAGGAGUUGAGCGAGCCAGACAUGAAGCUGCAAUGCGAGCCGAGAACGCUUUGCAUCGUUACGCUCACAGCCGCGGCCAAGUGAGGAACAUCCCUGAGGUUGACGAAACAGGCGUUGUCAGAUCGCCGCAGAGAGGUUCCGCAAGAGCCCGUGCUCUGCCACCAGCACCUCCCGCGAAGACUCCGGAGCUACCAAGUCCAUCCAAGGCAGCCGACCCACGCAAAGCUGAACAAGACAGAAAAGCGCGAGAAGCAAAGCGCAAGGCAGAUGUUCAGGAGCGCAAAGCGGUCAGAGACGGCAAGAAGGCUUUCCCUCCCAACAAAACCUCGUGGACACCGUACUGCAGCGAGCGCGGCAAGAUCGUCUCCUCGACCAACCCACCUUUGAUCAAUAUCGUGAUUGAUCAGGAUGCCCAUGGCAAUGAUAUCGUACAAGAACGCGUCAAUCCGUUCUUCGAGACCCUUCCAGGACCUGAAGUUUGGCAUCGUAAUAUGCCACCGUAUUUCAGCUUUGGAGAGACGAAGUAUAUGGAGCAGGUCAUUAGCGAUCAGAUUAACAGAGAUUUGAACAGAAAACACUCCGAACCUCCAAAAUCCCCCACCAAGCCCACCACGGAAAGUGUAGGCUUAUUCUCCACCAUUCGAAAAAGUAUCACUUCGCUGAUCAGUCCCUCCAAACAGGCUAACGUGGUAGAAGAAGAAAUGGACGUAGACGAUGAGGAGCCUAUGCGACCUCUCACAAAGAGAAAAGAUCAGUGGGAAUUGCCUGAAUUGAGCGCUAAGGAGAAGGAUGAUUUGAUGAGGGAGGCAAGGAAGAAUUAUCAGUCUUUCGUUCAGCCUACGUCGCCGACUAGGAAACGGUCGUCGACGUCGAUGCAGGCGUCGCCACGGGCUGCUGCUUCGACUUGGGGUACUAGCAAGCGACCUCGACGAUGA